UUCAGGAGGAUGGCUCUUGCUGCCGGGAAAGCUGUAACACGUGUGAUGCACAGAUGUGAAGCAGCUAAAGCUUCUGGCUAUCUUGAUCUCUCAGAUUGUGGUGUAAUGUAUGUUGCCGAUGCAAUAUAUCUUGUGUUGAAAGGGUAUGAAAUCAAUAAAUGCAAUCUGAGGAAUAACUCUCUCACCAAAUUUCCUAAGAAAAUGAUUAAACGAUUCAGCAAUAUGACUAUGUUCAAUGUGGAGGGUAACGCGAUCGAGGAAUUCCCUGUCGAAGUUGGUGAAUGGACUGAAAUGGAAGGGAUGAAUUUAUCAAAUAAUAAAUUAACAGCAUUUCCUGUUGGUAUUUUCAACAUGAAACAGCUUAAAUACCUUGACCUUAGCGGCAACAAAAUCACCGAAAUAGAUGUUGACCGCCUGUACACGUCGUUACCAAAUUUAACACAGCUAAUGCUAACUGGUAAUCCUGUGGCAGAAACGAUGAAAGUUGAAUUGGAAAACCACGAGAAGAAGCCGAAAACAUUGAAACUGUUGCUUGUUUAAUAUGAACUAAAAUUGAUCUCUUACACUGUUUGCGUAGUGCUGUUAUUACUCACUAGUAGUGCAACAUUGAUUUUUACUCUUCGAGUUUAAAUUGUGAUUUCUCCGAUGUUCUAUAGUAACUUUCAGUGAUUCCAAACAGAAAC